AUGUACGUGAGCUACCUCCUGGAGAAGGACGGGCCCAUGUACCCCGGGCCGGUGCGACACUCGGGGGGGCUCAACCUGGCGGCGCAGAACUUCGUGGGCGCCCCGCAGUACGCGGACUACGGCGGCUACCAUGUGAACCUCGACAGCGCCCAGUCCCCCGGCCCGGCCUGGCCGGCGCCCUACGCCGCCCCGCUCCGCGACGACUGGGGCGCCUACGGCCAAGGGGCGCCGCCGCCCGCCGGCGCCGUCCACGGCCUCAACGGCGGCUCCCCCGCCGCCGCCGUGGCCUACAGCCCCGCCGACUACCACCACCACCACCCCCCCCACCACCACCACCACCACCCCCCCCCGCACGCCCACCACCACGCCGGCCCCGCGCCCCACUGCUCCGCCGGGGUCAUGCAGCCCCCCAGCAACGCCGCCGCCGCCGCCCCCCCCCCCGAGCCUCUCUCCCCCGGCGGGCAGCGCCGCGGCCUCUGCGAAUGGGUGAGGAAGCCGGCGCAGCCCCCCCUCAGCAGCCAGGUUAAAACCAGGACGAAAGACAAGUACCGCGUCGUGUACACCGACCACCAGCGGCUGGAGCUGGAGAAGGAGUUUCACUACAGCCGCUACAUCACCAUCAGGAGGAAAGCGGAGCUGGCCUCCAACCUGGGGCUGUCGGAGAGGCAGGUGAAGAUCUGGUUCCAGAACAGGCGGGCCAAGGAGAGGAAGAUCAACAAGAAGAAGCUGCAGCAGGCGCAGCCCGGCGGCGCGGAGCCCCCCAGCCCCGGUGCUUCGCUGCAGGGUCCCGCGGCGGGAGCGGCCGCCGCCGGGCUGGGCCCCGCCGCCCCGCAGUGA